AUGCGGUGCUUUCUCUUCUUCCUCUCCCUCGCCCUCUUCCUCUCCAUGCACUGCGUAUCCACCACCAGCCAUCCGCCGACCUGCGCCAGCCCCACCAACGUCAAGGACGCCUGCAAGCUCGUCGCCGACAAGCACCCCGCCGUCGGCUACGACUUCUGCGUCAAAUCCCUCAAGAAGUCGAGCUCCGGCGACCUCCACGACCUCGCCUUGGUCGCCACGCGGACCGCCAUCGCCCACGCCACCAGCGCCGAGGCCGAGAUCGAGGAGCUCAUGGAGCUGGAAGUCGACUCCGCCGACAAGAACAGCUUCGACAAAUGCCUGGACGCGUACGCCGACGACGUCGACCACUUGCGCAACGCGGUGGACAACAUCGCCGCCCGCGUGUACAAGAAGGCGGUGCAGCAGCUCGGGGCCGCCAAGUCCGCCGCGAAGAAGUGCGAGGCCACGUUCGCCGGUGGCGACAACAAGGGAGAGGUGCCGGGGGCUGCGGGCAGUGACUGCGCCAAAUUAGCGAGCAUCGCUCAGGCCAUCGUCGCGUCGUUGGAGUGA